AUGGACGAUGAAUGGGUAGAUGUUACCCCUACCGAUGGGCCUACUCUCCCAGCUCGCCAGGACAAACUUCAAGUGCGGCUUAAGGGGGGCCACAUCGACCCAAAGCGUCUAUAUCAGCGGAUGGCGAAACGCGCAGCCGAUGUUUUGAAAUCCCGCCCAGCUGCCCCCGUUUUCCAUGUCAACAUGAAAAACUCUACAAUCAAAAUGAACACAGUCUUCGAAUAUGCUUUCCCGCCCGAGUACCGCCAGGAAUUCAGAUGCAAUACGUGUGCCCACUUCAUGAAUCGCUACGGGGACCUUUGCAUCGUCGAUGACUCAACGGGGAAGCUCGUCCCGCUAUUCUGGGAAGAGGACAAGUCUCUCUCGGUCAUCUUCCGAGCCCCCGUCAGCGCCAUCUGCAAGCUCUUUGAAGAUGGAACUGUGGGGAAAGAAUAUAGAAUCACCGGCGAUAGACGCCCCUACUUGGGAUCCAAGGAGAAGGGAGACUUCUCGCACAUGGCAUUUGAUAUCCCAUCUAAUCGGCGGGUGGUUACCCCAGCUAUGGCGCGCACGCUGCCAUCCACGGACGAGCAGAGGGAAAUGUUACAGCGUAUCCUGGAAGAUUACGACAUGGAAACUGUUCGUAAAGUGGCAGGUAUGUUACUCGAGAACCGCCUUCCAUAUGCUGAUGCUCAUAAGGGGGCCAUUGGGUGGCUUCUUGAGGUGCGGAAGUCACAUGGAGACCUGCUAUUCUCUCAAGCUUCUCCCGGAACAAAGCGACAUAACAUGCAGACCCAUGUCGCAGCGUCUGCUUUCAUUGGAUGUUUGAAUCAAUUGCGCUCGGGUGCGCUUUCUAAGCUUCUAGAAGGCGUUAAGGAGGGCCUGGAUUUCAAAGAACUGGACCGCCAGUGGAGAGUACUUUGCGAUCCGAAAAUUUAUCUGCGUCCACAGAAACCCCCUAAAGCGGGUAAUAUCGUUGUGGCGGAAAAGUUGUUCGAGGAACUCGGCCUCACAAAGGAUGAUAUGGCCAGAAAGUAUUUGGCGCCAAGUGAUAUUCCGAAAGAAGUAUAUAUGUUCGAAGACACCCAAAUGAAGCACAAGGCGUCAAAGCAGGAGCCGGAGAAGAAGAAAGAAGGAAUUUUCGCGGAUGUAAUUCCCAGAGCUGUCUCCAAACCCCACCCUAAUACAGACGGAGAUUCCGCCGACUUGGAUCCCCCAAAAUCCAUAUCCUUCUCCAAUUUCGUCCGCACCGUCUUGCCCACAGCCAAGGAAAUCGAAGUUAAGCUCAAAGAGAAGGAGCACCUCUACUUCCUCAUCAGCGGCUACCCCGGCUCCAAGCCCCUGAUGCAAUGGCACACAAAAGAAAACCUCGUCAGCCCAUUCACCUUCAACAGCCCAGUUAGAACAACCAAGUAUAGUCUGCACCCGGGUUGGAACCAAGUUAGCGCUAUAAUCCCAUUACCUUACCUAUGGGACGCCAUGCCGGCCGCGAAGACCUUCCCACUGCUUCCAGACGAUGUCCGUGAAUUCAAGCACUACCACCGGAAGCGCGGGCUUCGGUAUCUCAUCUGCAUUGACAACAUCGAGGAAAGGACAAAGGCAACCGGCUUGUGUUUGUUCCCGUCCAUGCUUAAGUCGGAAUUUCACCCCGUGCGAGCGACCAUCGAGGCGUAUAGUGCUGCGGGCAAGAUUCAGGAUCCUCCCGGGAAAUACGUGGGGGGCUUUUCUGUGAGUCGCUCGAGCAGCGAACACACCAAGCGUCUGUAUAGGGUGACAGAUGAAUAUGGGGAUAAGAAGUUGUAUGAGACGGCGAUUUUCGAGUAA